GAAGGUAAACUUGAUUGUAUUGUGUCGCUACCUACGUUACAAGAUGUGUUACCCCCUCCCCCCGCCCCUCGCGAGCUUAUCGACGCGUGAAGCCCGUCUCACCCCCUCCGUCUUUGCGUGGUGUGCGAGAUGCUCGCUAUCCCCCUCCCUCCCAUCCCUCUCUUCGACGAGGGGAGAUUGUGAUGCACCCUCCCCUCUCGGCAUGCAGCUGACCGCGUCUUCACGCGGAGAACUCCCCGCGCGUGCCUUCACCCCUCUACCAUCCCUUCCUCUCGCUCCUCCCACCCCUCCUUGCCACAAACCACCCCCUUCACAUCUUUUUCUCCUUCUCGCAUAGC